AUUUCAAAGAGCGUUCCGUAAUCAUUCCCCAGUGAGCUGAGCUAGGCAUGUUUCACUGUGACAUGUUUUAAUAUGGAGAAAUGCCUCUUGUGGUUAUGCCUAGUAUGUAGCCUAGUUAUGCUAAAAUAUUUCAGACCAGUGUAUUGCAGUUAAUUUCGUCUUUGACUUAACCACUCAAAAAUAUUUUACCUAUUAACAGUGAAACAACAACCAGUCCCAGACAUUUCACAAUAGAACAUACCAGAGGGGUCAUCGUAGUAGGUAGGCUACCUACAUUAGUGGGAUUAUAUGGUUACCACCAGUGUUCGGAAUACAUUGAGUUUGUUGAUAAAAAAAAAAAAAUGCCAUGGGACACCUUUUCACACAGAUUUAUUUGUCAAAGGUCUGUGCUGGGUCUGUGUAAACUAUGCGAUUAUAUUGGAGACAGGUUUAUAGCAGUGAAUGUCAUCUAUUAAUUUACUGUUAUAGUAUUUCUAAGUAGCAGCCAUAUAACGGCAAGGGAAACUAAUUGUUCUCACUUUGUGAUAGAACAUUCAAAUUUGUCUGCCUGACUGUGCCGCUCUUUACCUGAAUUGUUAGGAUUUUCUUGUGAUCACAACAAAACUUAUUUUGCUCAAAUAAAGAUGGAAAUAAAUUGUGUUUCUUUAAAAAGAUGGGCUUGGUUGACAUGGACACUUUCCUAGCCUUAUUCUCCCAGCAUUGCUUAUUUACCAAGUAAUAAUAAGAGAAAACAAAACAAGGACUGAAGCAUUAGACUCAACCAGAGCUUUAAAUAAAUGCUGUAUCUUUGAAAAGCUGGGCCUGGCUGACAUGAAAUGUACAUUAAGGGGAAAGGAUCCACAGACACAAGAGGCUGAUUAUCUUUCUGCACAUCUCUUUAUUUACAAUGCUGGCUGCCAUGGUUAACACAAAUGCAAGACAUUGAAUGCUACCUGAAUUGACUCAUUGAAGUAACAUAAGUAGGCCUACAGUAUCACAGCGAGGUUAAACAGGUUGUUUGUGUUAGUCAGAUUAUCUAGUGUCCACAACACUGUGGGUUAUUCUCUAACCCCAGUGCAUGUGGUGUACUAUGGUCUUAGCCAUGCUCUCACUAACCCGCAUCUUUUCUCUUUCUCCCUUUCCGGAGGCCCUGAGACCGUCGGUGUGAUCGAAGCGUUGGACCGUGACUGAUGACACCCUGGGCCCAAUCUCCCCUGCCCCCCCUCUACCUGCCUGUUGCUGCCUCCACUGGUUCUUUCUUUGUGGAUGUAUUAUUAAACUAUUUACUAUUUGCCAAUUAAAGGUAUUUUGGUUUAGCUAUCUAUUUAGUGUUAAGUCUCUGGUAUCAGUUUCAUUGUUGGUCGAUUUCCAAGGGAGGUGGUGUUGUAAUAAGUCAUGUGAGUGAGGGGCGGAAGUUGGAUACAAUUUCAACAUGGCUGCGCCGCGAUGAUUAAGAGUACCUAGUUGCGCCUCACAAAAACAGCGGUUUACCUUCGUCCGACCAGUUUUUCAGAAAUGUUGACGCUAGUGUGUUUAAGCUAAUGCCAUAAGUCCCAAGAGCAGAUCUGACAUCAACACAGGACCCGAGACAGAUAUAAAUUCGCGAAGACGCAUCAAUCCCGACUCAUCACUGCGUUCACCAGCAGCUGGGAUGUCUCUAGCCGACCCCACCUCGGACACCACGCCCUUCUUCUCUGAUGACAGCGAGGCAGAGGGUUCAGAAGAGCCUGGUGCAGGGCCUAGCCAGCGCCGGGAAGAGGAAGAGCCAGCCAGCGGAGUGUCCAGCAUGAGAGCUGUGUUCACUGUUACUGUCCUGUGUUUCAUCAACCUGCUCAACUACAUGGACAGGUUCACUGUGGCUGGUGUUCUGCCUGACAUUGAGCAGUACUUUGGGAUCAAUGAUGGGAAGUCAGGGCUGCUCCAAACAGUCUUCAUCUGCAGCUACAUGUUCCUGGCUCCUAUCUUUGGUUACCUGGGCGACAGGUACAACAGGAAGAUAAUCAUGAGUGUGGGCAUUGGCUUCUGGUCCAUCGUGACACUCGCCAGCUCCUACACGCCCAAAGAAUAUUUCUGGCUCCUGUUGUUGACGCGUGGCCUGGUGGGGGUCGGGGAGGCCAGUUACUCCACUAUCGCCCCAACCAUCAUCGCUGACCUGUACAUCAAGGAGAGGAGGACGCAGAUGCUCUCUGUCUUCUAUUUCGCCAUUCCAGUGGGCAGUGGUCUGGGCUACAUCGUGGGGUCAAAGGUUGAUGACUGGGCAGGGGACUGGCAUUGGGCCCUGCGGGUGACUCCUGCAUUAGGACUGGUAGCGGUGGUGUUGCUGCUGUUCGUGGUGAAAGAGCCAAAGAGGGGUGCUAUCGAGGCCCGACCGGAGCACACUCUCCAAAGGACCAGCUGGCUGGGUGACAUGAAGGCUCUUUGCAGGAACCCCAGUUUUGUGCUGUCUACGUUUGGCUUCACGGCAGUGGCCUUUGUGACUGGCUCCUUGGCACUCUGGGCACCGGCCUUCCUUUUCAGAGCUGCUGUCUUCACCGAAGGGAGGCCCCCCUGCGUUAAGGGGCCAUGCGACACCUCCGACAGCCUGUACUUUGGCAUCAUCACAGUUGUGUCGGGGAUCCUGGGCGUGGCCAGUGGUGCAGAGGUCAGUAGGAGACUGAGGUUGAGGACGCCGAGGGCUGACCCCCUGGUGUGUGCUCUAGGACUCCUCCUCUCAGCUCCCUUCCUCUACCUCGCCAUCGUCUUUGCUCAGGCCAGCCCCAUCGCCACAUACGUGUUUAUCUUCCUGGGAGAGACCUUCCUGUCUAUGAACUGGGCCAUCGUAGCUGACAUCCUGCUGUACGUGGUUGUCCCCACGCGUCGCUCCACGGCUGAGGCCUUCCAGAUCGUUCUCUCUCACCUGCUUGGAGAUGCUGGGAGUCCUUAUCUCAUAGGCGUGGUGUCAGACUCUCUGAAGCAGACUGACUCGUACCUAUGGCAGUUCCGCUCCCUGCAGCUCUCCCUCCUCACCUGCUCUUUUGUGGCAGUUGGGGGCGGGGCUUUCUUCCUGGCUACCGCCCUCUUCAUCGAGAAGGACCGCCAAAGUGCCACAAACUACGCACCCUCAGAUGAUGAACCAAUUGUUGUACCCAAGAGCGGCAGGUCCACGAGGGUGCCAGUGUCCAGUGUUUUGAUUUGAGGAGAUAGAAGGGGUGUUGGAGGCUCCUGUGGAAGAUGCUGCGCCCUGAUUGGUCCCUGUUUGUGACCAUUCGCGCAGCAGUGUUUUUACGACUAGGGUCUUUGAUUGGACAAUGCCCUAUACAGAGACUUUUAUUUAUUAUUUGUAACAUUUGAUGUGAUAUGGUUUUUAAUACCUUUAUCUGCUGAGUAACAUGGCAGAGUCAUAGCUGCCAAACCUUCCGCUCAUAAUUUCCUGGUGUUUUUGUAGUCAACAACAAGAUAUUCCACUUCUGAUUGGCGUCACAUGUUGGCAUGAGACAUAGUGACUUAUGAGAGAUGUAUGCAGACUAGUAAACAGGAAGUCAAAGAGCCACAUCAGUGGAAGGUUAACCUCUGUGGCUGGAAGAGGUGACCGGAUAGAAGAAAGAGGGAACUUCAGAGGAGAAACAACUUCUUUACCUGAGGGAAAGAAGGAAGCAGAAAAGCCUUUUUGCAUUCUGAUGUGUGCACCCCCGUUAUAUGUCCUGUUGAAGCCAAUGUGUCACAGGGUCACAGAUAGGGGUGUCACUCUUAGACAGACACUCAUCCGUUACUCCACAGGGACCAUAUCUCGACGGUAGAGACCUCUGGAAAACCGCCAGGAUAUUUUUCACCCAGCGCUCUGAUUUGAGUGGUAACCACUACAUCCCUACUACUGCUGCUGUGCUUAUUGCUUGGGUCUGAAACACAGCGCUCCGAUUGGCCACGGAAUAACUACGGCCGGCCCAUUUCAAAGCCAUUCCAACCAGUGCUAUCAUCCUCCCGUCAACAAACGAAGACUAUAAAUAUGAUGCUUGUCCGUUCAGUGUAACCACACACUACUUACUACAUACAGUAUCAGACUGAAAAAAAGGGAGUUGGCAGGCACAGGCCAGUGGUACCCGCAUUGGACUCCAAACCCACCGAUCGGUUGUGGGAUGUUGCAUUUUUAACAGAUUAAGCCUAAUCAUGCUUGUUCUGUUUUUAGACCCAUUUGGUAUAUUAUAAUAAUAACACUAGAUUUGUCCCUCAGCGACCUAGAACGCGGUGGAGGGACAAAUGUAUGUUCCAGAAGGUAAUCUAUGUUUUUUAAGACCUUUUUUUAUUUUUUUUAUUUUUAUUAGCAAUUACUCGUGUUUUUAUGGAAUGAUCUUGGAGGUCAGGUGUACUUUGGGUUUUUGUGACCUCAUAUAGAGGCACUGAUGUCACAACGACCAGGAGAUCAAAUCGGGUCUAUUACAGAGUACAUUUCUUAGUUGUCUGAGGAAAAUGAAUAUCCCUUUUUUAAUGAAGGCGAUUGUUACGUUAUAAAAAUAAAAAAGGGUUAUUUUGGAAAGUGAAGCCUUAAAAUAAUUAGUUAAAGUUGCUCGUUUUUAACAUGAAUUUCAUUUGAUGUAACCUUUCGUUGAAACAUUAAACGAUGAGAAUGGACUGUU